UGUGUGUGUGUGUGUGUGUGUGUGUGUGUGUGUGUGUGUGUGUGUGUGUGUCAGUCAGCGGGCUGCUGUGAGGACUUCUCCCCGCUGAACGUCUCUUUAUUCGGGAGUGCCGGCGGCUGUUAGCGGGCAGGAUGAGCUCCUCCGCGGGCCUGCACACUCAGCUGGCCGCCGUCAUGGAAUCUCUGGUCCACGCUGCGGUGGCGGAGCUGAAGAAGCUGCUGGAGCUCAGCCUGGAGGUCCGGGCCGGAGAGGAGACACCUCUGCCGGCCAAACUGCAGGCCGACAGCCGGGACAAGAUGGUCAUGUUCGCCUCUGUCAUGGAGUCUCUGGGGAACGAGGCCCUGUGGAAGAUCAUCCACAUCCUGGAAGAAGCCCGACUGCUGAAGCCCAGGAAGGGCCUCAAGAAGAAGAAGAAGAAGAAGAAGACCAGAGCCCGCCACAACACACAGAUCGAGGUUGAACACUCCUACGGAAUGAGACUCGAAAGCUCCGACUCACAUGGUUUGACUCAGACUAAACUGGAGGAGGCGGGGGAGGCAGAGGAGGCGGGGGGCAGGGAGGAUGACAAUCUGGUUGUUCUGGCGGUCACCGUUAAAGACGAACACGAGGACAUCGACAUCAGCGCCCUCGAUGACAGAGCUGAAGCUGCUGAACCAGUGACCUAUACCCUACAGCACAAGCAAGAGUACGAGGACCAGCCGCUGGACCGGCUGGACCCCGAGCAGGAGCACCAGCAGCUGGACCAGAUGGACAAGGAGUACCAGCAGAAGCAGGAGCAAGACGAGCAAGAGGACCAGCAAGACCAGCAAGACCAGGAGCACCAGCAGAGGCAAGAGCAGGACCAGAAGCACCGGCUUGACCAGCAGUGGGAGCAGGAGUACCAACACCAACUGGACCAGCAACAGGUGCAGGAGCACCAGCAGCUAACCCAGCUGGACCAGCAGCUUCAGCUGCAGCAGGUUUUCCUCCUGCCAAAGUUCCUUAUACUGAAUCACAUUGCGACGGAAACCAGCCAGCAGCGGUUCGAGUGUCCAAAGUGCGGUAAGUGUUUCUCCAAACGGAAGCAGCUCACGAGGCACGCCCUGACGCACAGAGAAGAGAAGCCGUUCGUGUGCAGCAUCUGCAGCCGAGCCUUCGGUCAGAGGCAGAGUCUGAAGAGACACAUGAGGACACACACCGGAGAGAAGCCGUACACCUGCGAGGUGUGUGGCCGCAGCUUCAACCUGCUGAGGAACCUGCACCGCCACGCGCACACCCACACCGGCAAGAAGGUCUUCGUCUGCGGCGUCUGUGGUAAAGGCUUCACCCGCUCUGUCGCACUCAAAACACACGAGCUCAUCCACACUGGACAGAAACCUUUACAGUGCGAGCAGUGCCCCAAAACCUUCCGCCAGGCAAUCAGCCUCAAGAACCACCAGAUGAUCCACAGCGGCGUGCGGCCAUUCAGCUGCGACCUCUGUGGGAAGAGCUUCCGUCAGGCGGUGAACCUAAAGAUCCACCAGAGGAUCCACACCGGCGAGCGUCCGUUCAGGUGCCAGGAGUGCGGCAAGACGUUCAGCCAGCAGAGCAGCCUGAUGCUACACGGCCGCACGCACUCCAAAGAGCGCCCGUUCGCCUGCAGCUCCUGCGACAAGAAGUUCAACAACGCCAACAGCCUGAAGCUGCACCUGCGCCUGCACACUGGAGAGAAGCCGUACACCUGCGAGGUCUGCGGCAAGACCUUCAACCUGCUCCAGAGCCUGCACUGUCAUUCACGCAUCCACACAGGCAAGCUGUUCGUCUGCGGGGUCUGCGGUAAAGGCUUCACCCGCACCAUCACGCUCAAAGCUCACGAGGUCAUCCACACCGGACAGAAACCCUUCAAGUGUGAGCAGUGCGGUAAAUCCUUCACGUCUCAGAGCAACCUGAAGUCUCAUCAUCGCAUCCACACGGGCGAGAAGCCGUUCACCUGCAGCGUCUGUGGCCGAGCGUUCCGUCAGCGGCAGAGUCUGCAGAGUCACAUGAGGACGCACACUGGCGAGCGGCCAUACGAGUGUCCGCAGUGCGGCAAGUGUUUCUCCAAACAGACGCAGCUGAAGACGCAUUCCAUCAUCCACACCGGAGAGAAGCCAUACGGCUGCGACGUGUGCGGCCGCCGCUUCAACCUGCUGCAGAACCUGCACCGCCACGCACACACCCACACCGGCAAGAAAAUCUUUGUCUGCGGCGUCUGUGGUAAAGGCUUCACCCGCGCCGUCACGCUCAAAACACACGAGCUCAUCCACACCGGACAGAAACCCUUCAAGUGCGAGCAGUGCCCCAAAACCUUCCGACAUGCCAACAACCUGAAGAACCACCUGAGGAUCCACAGCGGUGUGCGGCCAUUCAGCUGCGACCUCUGUGGGAAGAGCUUCCGUCAGUCGGUGAACCUGAAGAUCCACCAGAGGAUCCACACCGGCGAGCGUCCGUUCAGCUGCGAGGAGUGCGGCAAGACGUUCAGCCAGCAGAGCAGCCUGAUCUCGCACCGCCGCACGCACUCCAACGAGCGCCCGUUUGCCUGCAGCUCCUGUGACAAGAAGUUCAACAACGCCAACAGCCUGAAGCUGCACCUGCGGAUCCACACCGGAGAGAAGCCGUACACCUGCGAGGUCUGCGGCAAGACCUUCAGCCAGGGCAGCCACCUGAGGACGCACAAGAGACACGUCCACGCCGGCGGCAAGCAGUACAUCUGUGACCGGUGCGGGAAGAGAUACUCGGACCAACGAAACCUGAAGCUGCAUAAGUGCGGCUACGCCUGAUUGGACCACGCUGCCGUGUGACCACGCUGCCGUCUGAUUGGAUGAAAUAAAGACUGGAAUGUUUUUAAUUGAUGUUUGAUCAAUACUUGAAUCUUUGCAGGUCAGACAGGAAGUCGACCUGUGUUAACCAAUCAGAGCUGAUAGAUGUUGAAGUGGGCGGGGCUUCAGUUCAGAUAGUCUUGCAGUCAGUUUAAACACUACAGUACCCAUGAAUCUCUGUGUCUGUUGCCAGGGAGACGACUUCCUCAGGAGAGUCCACAGGUGAGCGCACCCUCAGGCAACAGACUGUGGAGCUCUCUGAUUGGAUGAUUCCUGCAGCAAAGCUCUCUGGGAGUUGUAAACCUUUUGUUUACAUGGAGCUGACAAGCUCCUCCCACUGACAUACUGUGUUCUGAUUGGUCAAGCCAUGAAUUUGUCUGUUUAUAUAAACUUUGAUGCUUUUUUAUAAUUUAAUACAUUU